GGAUGAAUUCAGUAGUGUGAGGUAGUGGACUGUGUGUUCUUGGGAUUCACAAAGCAGCGUUUUGGCACCAAGCCAGUUUUUUUUCCGAAAAGAAGCACGCAGUUGAUUCGAGUAUUGUAACUUCGUUCGUUCCAUUAGUAUAAAAGAGAUUUUCAGGUCCACAGCAACGUGUUUCAAAUGGAAAGUGCUCAAAGUUGUUGCUCCACCAAGGAUGCUGAAUGUUUGAGCUCCUUGUGGCUAAGUACUGGAGGCAAUCUGACCAUAGUCCCGGUGGUAGUGCUGGGACUGGAGAGCUGCAGACCAUUUGAAUGGCCAGGAUCUCUGAGAAUUAUUUAGCUCUCUCAUUGAGAAGAUGCAAGCAAAGGAAAUCUUGAGGAAUCUGCAGCUACUGGAAUUGGAUGAAAUCAGCCAGUUUUUUCGCACAAUUCCUCCACCAACACUGCUGGGCAUUGCUUCAUUUGCAGCUAUUAUAGCAUACUGGCUAACCACCAGACCCAAAGCCUUAAAGCCACCCUGUGACCUUUCAAUGCAGUCAGUGGAAAUUGAGGGCACUGACCAAGCUCGUGGCUCUGUAUUAGGUGACAGCCUUCAGCUUAUGACACACUAUCACGAUGAUGCAAGGACAAUGUAUGAAGUAUACCAACGAGGAUUACACAUAACAGGGGAUGGCCCUUGCUUAGGAUUCCGAAAACCUAAACACCCCUAUCAGUGGCUCUCGUAUAAAGAGGUUGCAAACCGAGCUGAGAACUUGGGAUCUGGACUGCUCCAAAAAAACUGCAGGUCCUCUCCAGACCAGUUCAUUGGUGUUUUUGCACAGAACAGACCUGAGUGGAUUAUUGCUGAACUGGCAUGCUACACCUACUCCAUGGUGAUAGUGCCACUUUAUGACACACUUGGACCUGAAGCCAUCCGCUACAUAAUUAACACAGCUGAGAUUUCCACAGUUAUCUGUGAUAAGGUAGAAAAAGCAAAAGUUCUUUUGAAGAAUGUGGAGAUGAAGGAGACUCCAGACUUGGAGAUAGUCAUCCUUAUGGAUCCAUUUGACAUGGACUUGGUUCAGAUGGGAAAGGACUGUGGAGUGCAAAUACUGGCACUCCGGGAAGUGGAGAACCUCGGACAAAUGAACAGGCGAACCCCAGUGCCUCCACGCCCUGAGGACCUAUCAAUUGUCUGUUUCACUAGUGGAACAACAGGAAAUCCUAAGGGUGCCAUGCUCACACACGGAAAUGUGGUAGCUGAUUUUUCAGGCUUUUUGAAAGUUACAGAGAGCCAAUGGUUGCCUACAUCUGCUGAUGUACAUAUUUCCUACUUGCCAUUAGCACACAUGUUUGAAAGAAUGGUACAGUCUGUCGUGAUAUGUCACGGAGGCCGGAUAGGUUUUUUCCAAGGUGAUAUUAGACUGCUGUCUGAUGAUAUGAAGGCCCUUCAUCCAACUAUUUUUCCUGUUGUUCCAAGACUGCUAAAUCGAAUGUAUGAUAAGAUAUUUAGCCAGGCAGGCACACCAGUAAAACGCUGGCUACUUGAAUUUGCAGCCAGAAGAAAGGCAACUGAAGUGCGAAAUGGCAUCAUACGGAACAACAGUCUGUGGGAUAAACUCUUUUUCAAAAAAAUACAGGAUAGCCUUGGAGGAAAGGUGAGAAUGAUUGUCACAGGUGCUGCCCCUGCCUCACCUGCUGUACUUGGCUUCCUAAGAGCAGCACUUGGUUGUCAGGUCUAUGAAGGUUAUGGACAGACUGAAUGUACAGCUGGAUGUACUUUUACCACACCUGGAGACUGGACAUCAGGACAUGUUGGAGCUCCAUUGCCUUGUAAUUAUCUCAAACUUAUCAAUGUAGAUGAAAUGAAGUAUUUUUCUGCAAAAGGAGAGGGAGAGAUCUGUGUGAAAGGACCAAAUGUGUUCAAAGGCUACCUCAAAGACACUGAGAAAACAGAUGAAGCACUGGACAAAGACAGUUGGUUGCAUACUGGGGAUAUUGGUAAAUGGUUACCUAAUGGCACUUUAAAAAUCAUAGACCGAAAGAAACACAUAUUCAAACUUGCUCAGGGAGAGUACAUUGCACCAGAGAAAAUUGAGAAUAUCUAUGUACGGAGUGAGCCUGUAGCCCAAGUGUAUGUCCAUGGAGAUAGUUUGCAGUCCUUCUUGGUGGGUAUUGUUGUACCUGAUCCUGAAGUCACAGAAGCCUGGGCAAGGAAAAAGGGAUUUGAACAUUCUUAUGCAGAACUAGCUAAAUCAGAGGCUUUUAAAAAAGCUCUUAUGGAAGACAUGGUGAAACUGGGACAACAAGCUGGCCUUUAUUCAUUUGAACAGGUAAAAGCCAUCCAUCUCCACUAUGAAAUGUUCUCUGUCCAAAAUGGUCUGUUGACUCCAACACUUAAAGCUAAGAGGUCAGAAAUGCGAAAUUACUUCCGGAAACAAAUUGAGGAGCUUUAUUCUAAUACUUCUAUAUGAAAAUAUUUGCAAGAUGGUUUGUGAAGAACAUCCCUGUUCAUGUACUGGCUGUUUGAAGUAAUCAUGACAUAUAAAUAUAAAAUACAUUUCUUGACUAUAUUCAGAAACUUACUAAUUUUUUUUCUGUCAAUUGGAAGAUGCCUUGCCUAACUUUAAGAUCUCUGUAUAAUAAAGAUUUGCCCUUUUUUAAAGCUGCAGUAUGCUAGAGAGAAUUUUAUAUGUUCAGUAUUAUUUGCUUUGUUUAUAGGAGGAUGACUAAUAGCUUAAAAUUGAAAUGUACAUAUUUUGUAAUAAUGAAAAAUAAAGUAGUUAGGUUAAGGGUUAAGCACUUCUAAAUAUCAUCCUUUAAUAUUUUGUAGAUAUAAAUAUGUACAUAAAUCUGUUAAUAUGUUAUCUGAACAAUUCAUUCAAUGACCUGGAAGCAUUCAUUGACUUAUGAAGCAGAUUUUUGUAAACUUAUUUUUCCUAAUGACCAGCAUUAACUUCUCAGAUCUACAUUAGCAUUUUGCAUCAAAACCAAAAGUAUCUUAAUUUACUGAAUAUGAUAGAAUAAAUUUUGUGAAAACCAUGUAUUUGAGAAUUAAGCAAUAGAAGUCUUCAGAAACUUUGUAGGUAAUUAAAUGUUUAUGAAGAUUGAAUGCAACAUAAGGGAAAUUCACAUAAUUUGGCUCGAGGGUUUGUCAUUGGAACUUAGUUUAUUAUUGUAGCCAGGAACCUAUUUCUAUCAUCUUCUUCACCUGCCUGUCAUGAUCAAUAUUAUUUUAUGGGGAAAAUGGGAAUGUUUUCUGUUGUCCAUAGUGCUGAAGGAGGUAUAAAUUGAAAGCAAGAACUGGGCUUAUAUUUCAUGUACCAUCAGGCUGUCAACUUUCACAUCAAUAUAUUUGAAGAUGAUUGAGAAAAUUAUGAACAAAUAAAUAUGAAAUUAGUGAAAAGAUGAGAUGUUUAAAAAACUCUUGCAUUAAUCUUUCAUGCCUCAGACUAUCCCAAAGUGUUUUAUAGCCUGGUAACUAUUUUUGCAGUAUUGACACUGUUUUUGUCACUGGAGAUACUCAGCAACUAAUUUGAUAAAUAGCCAUUGAUCUGUUUGGUAGCAUUGAUUUGAGAGAAAUGGAGAUUGCCUUGGGAGCCUUUCUGUCACCUUUAUUUGCUGGAAGAUAGGGUGUCAGUCUUGAUUUUACUUCAAAUACUGGAGUAAGACUUGAAGCAACAAUCUUGACUCUGAGGUGAGUGCUAUCACUGAAUUAAGGGAAACAUUACACUUUACAGUUUGUUUUGUUGCUAGACUUAUUUGUUGAAAAUACAAAACUGUGAUACUUGAGACUAUUCUAAAUCACUAGUCAUCUUGCACAUUUUUAGGGUUGAAAUGGAAAAAUCUCACCUAGUUUCAUUUUAAUUUGAAGAAUAAAUAUAAUAUUAAGCUAAAAUAAUUAGUCAAUUGUGGAUUAUCUCUAUCAAAACAUGAGGGGCAUGGUGGGUGAGUCCAAAAUUAGAGGGCAUAGAUUUAAGUUGAGAGGGGAAAGAUUUGA